AUGAAGAUGAAAUUCACAGUUGGAAUUUGGAAUGUGAGGUCAAUGUGGCAAGCUGGAACAUAUGCGAUGCUGAAAAAAGAGCUUGAGAGAUUUAGAUAUGAUGUGGUUGGUUUGUGUGAAGUUAGAUGGACAGGAAGUGGAGAAUUGGAGAAAGGAAAACUGUUAUGGUCGGGCACAGAAACCGAGCAUAUUCAUGGAGUGGGAAUGAUUCUUGGAGUGAAAGCAAGAAGAGCAUUAAUUGAAUACAAUGUAGUAAAUGACAGGUUGAUGUAUGCCAGAUUCAAAGGAUAUGCAAGAGAUAUUUUUGUGAUAGUUGCUUAUGCUCCAACAACAAAUCAUUCGGAUGAUGAAGUUGAAACGUUCUACAAACAACUGGAACAAACAUUGAAAAUAUUAACAAAGAAAGAUGUCAAAAUUAUUGUUGGGGACUGA